GCACCACGACCUACACGACAGAACGGGAGCUAAGAGACAGUAGAUAACAGCAGACCUUCGAUCGGCGAGAGAGGCCGCAGAUAUUGGCGGAACAUGGCUCCUUGCAAUGACAAGGCGUCUCAGUCCAACCCGGAGGAGGCCGCCGCCACGCACGCCUCCUUGGUGAUGGAUGUGGACUUCGAAGGCCAGGUCAUUCAGGGGUCGGUCGAAUACACCGUGGAGAUCAUGGCGGACGGCGCUACAGCCUUCAUCCUGGACACGAGCAUGAUCACGGUCGGGACGGUGCUGGUGGACGACGAGCGCGCCCGAUGGGUGCAGCACCGGCGCCACAGCAUUUACGGAUCCGCGUUGGACAUCCGCCUGCCGGGAGCGGAGUCGGGCACGCGGCCGUACACCAAAGGACAACUGUUGCAGGUCAAGAUCAGCUUCUGCACCUCCCCCCGCAGCACCGCUAUCCAGUGGCUUCCGCCCGAGCAGACCCACGGGGGCAAGCUGCCCUACCUCUUCACCCAGGGACAGGCUAUCCAUUCGCGCAGUCUUUUGCCGUGCCAAGACUGUCCCUCUGUAAAGAUCACGUACGAGGCGAAGGUGACAGUCCCGGCGUGGGCGACGUGCCUCAUGAGCGCGCUCGAGUCUGCCCAGCCUCAGGCAGCGGGUCCCGAAAAGAGGACUUUCUCGUGGAAGCAGAGCGUGCCUAUGCCCUCGUACCUCAUCGCCGUCGCCGUGGGAGAGCUCGAGAGCCGCGAAAUCAGCCCGAGGUGCUGCAUCUGGUCCGAGCCGGGAGUGGUGGACAAGGCGGCGUUCGACUUCUCGCAGACGGAAGAGUUUCUGACCGCGGCGGAAGGCUUGGCCGGCCCGUAUGAGUGGGGGCGCUACGACGUGCUCUGCCUGCCUCCGUCCUUCCCGUACGGUGGCAUGGAGAACCCUUGCCUGACGUUCGUCACCCCUACGCUGCUGUCCGGCGACAAGUCUUUGGCCUUCGUGAUCGCCCACGAGAUCAGUCACAGCUGGACGGGGAAUCUCGUCACCAACAGGACCUGGGAGCACUUCUGGCUGAACGAGGGGUGGACGAUGUGGCUGGAACGCAACAUCAUGACUCAGGUCACUGGAGAUGCUGACUACUACGACUUCGACGCGAUGCAGGGCUACCAUAGCCUUGAAGACAGCGUGUCGCUAUUCGAGGGCACCGGCGCCCUGGCCCUGACGAAGCUUGUCCCGGAUCUUGACGGGGUGGACCCGGACGAUGCGUUCAGCUCGGUACCAUACGAGAAGGGCUUCGCGUUGCUCAACGAGCUCCAAAGGAGGGUGGGAGUCAAGGAAUUCCACGCCUUCGCCAAGGAAUACAUCAAGGAGUUCAGGCGGAGUACUGUAGACUCGGACGAGUUCAAGACAUUCUUUCUCGGAAAGUUCCAAGACAAAACAAGCCAGCUUGACGGCUUCGACUGGGACGCUUGGUUCUACGACGCGGGCAUGCCGGCGGAAACGCCAACGUUCAACAAGACCCUGUCUGAGGAGAGCGAAGGCCUGGCGGACGUCUGGGCGAGGGCGGCUCAAGCCGGGGAGUCAGAGCUGGCCAAUCCGGACGCGGCCAAGUUCGAGGCGUGGACCUCGCCGCAGAAGGUGACCUUCCUGCAGAGGUUGGUGGACCUGUCAUCGGAAAGAGAAGGAGCGCCAACGGUUUCUUUCCCACUACCUCUCAUUCAGGCAAUGGACCAGGCGUAUGGCCUGACCAAGACGGGCAACUCGGAGGUCCGCUUCUGCUGGCACAAGCUGUGCCUGAGAGCGAAGGCCUUCUUCAUCGUCCCCCAUGUCUUGGACUUCGUCACGUCGAUGGGGCGCAUGAAGUUCACACGGCCUCUGUACCGAGAGCUUUUCGCGUUAGAUGGGGAAACCAGGGUGACGGCCGUCAACACGUUCAAGGAACGAGCAUCUUUCUACCACCCCAUUUGCCGAUCAAUGGUGGCCAAAGACAUGAUGGUGGAACUAGACGAGGGCCGGCGCACCCCCAAGCGAUCAACGUCCUUGGCCUCCCUCAGCAUGAUGUCGCGCACCAGCAGCGACGUCAACUUCGGUACCGCCGGCGGCGCGGCAACAGCAACAGCAGCGGCUGCCAGCGGCGCAGCCGCUUUUUUGAGGGAUUUCCCGGGUCAGGGAGCAAGAGGCGGAGACGCGGGCGACAGUGGUGACGCGAAGAAAAGGAAGGCAGUUGCAGCGGCUGGGGCGGCGAUUGUGACAGUGAUGGUUUCGACGAUGGUGCUGUUUUUCCGGCGCAGGAGAGGGUAGUAGAGUCGUGGGUGCCUGACGCGUUGAAUGUCCCUCAGGCGAGAGUGGCGGUCAUGGUGGCGGGAAUCAUGCGUCCGCAUGUAAGCCCAGGGCAUUUGGCAGAACUGUAGCGCAAGGAUCGUGAUGGAAAUAUUCAUGAAACACGUUCGGUGCAGGCCUACCACCGCUUUCCCCAUAGCGGCCAGAUAAUCUUUCCAUGGGAAAAUUCAAGAAGGCACCACUCUUGGCGCUGGCUCUCCAAUAGCCCCGCGCUGCGCCCAAGAAGUUGAGUUUGCACACAGACGCGCGACGAAAAACGUUUGUGCGCGGUGACCUACUUUAUCGAAGGUAAUGCCCUUGCCCUGAUCUGCCCCGGGACCAAGCUGUCAUCGCCUAGGUGGUGAGCAUGCUAAUUCUCACGCCCGAUUUAAUAAUGGCGCAAAAAUGCCUUGGUGUACCUCACUCCCUACGGACACACGAGGUUCACCCCCCGCCAUCACCGAUACCGUACGUUUUUCCGUACGUUUCUAUUUCCGUGACCCUACCCUAGUGAAUUCAACGAGCAGCCGCAACGGCCAUUCCGGGGAAAACCAU